CGCACCAUAGGCUCGCCGUUCCGAGGCUCCAGGGACCUUGGGGAGCUCCGAGCCCUCCCCCGGGGUGGCAGAGGAGGAGGGAGGAGGGCUGCCCGGGGCCACUCGGGCCUCAUCUUCGGCCUGGUGGUCGCCAUGCUGCUGGAAACCGAGCUGGGUAGAGACAGAGAUCGGCCCGGGGCCCCCGGGGCCGCUGCCGUCUGCACCUUCGGUGGGACUCGGGAGAUCCCGCUGUGUGCCGGCUGUGACCAGCACAUCCUGGACCGCUUCAUCCUCAAGGCGCUGGACCGCCACUGGCACAGCAAGUGUCUGAGGUGCAGCGACUGCCACGCGCCCCUGGCCGAGCGCUGCUUCAGCCGCGGAGAGAGCGUCUACUGCAAGGACGACUUCUUCAAGCGGUUCGGGACCAAGUGCGCCGCGUGCCAGCUGGGCAUCCCGCCCACGCAGGUGGUGCGCCGCGCCCAGGAUUUCGUGUACCACCUGCACUGCUUCGCCUGCGUCGUGUGCAAGCGGCAGCUGGCCACGGGCGACGAGUUCUACCUCAUGGAAGACAGCCGGCUCGUGUGCAAGGCGGAUUACGAGACGGCCAAGCAGCGCGAGGCGGAGGCCACGGCCAAGCGGCCGCGCACGACCAUCACGGCCAAGCAGCUGGAGACGCUGAAGAGCGCCUACAACACGUCGCCCAAGCCCGCGCGCCACGUGCGCGAGCAGCUCUCGUCCGAGACCGGCCUGGACAUGCGCGUCGUGCAGGUGUGGUUCCAGAACCGCCGCGCCAAGGAAAAGCGACUCAAGAAGGACGCCGGCCGGCAGCGCUGGGGCCAGUACUUCCGCAACAUGAAGCGCGCCCGCGGCGGCUCCAAGUCCGACAAGGACAGCGUCCAGGAGGAGGGGCAGGACAGCGACGCCGACGUCUCCUUCACCGAUGAGCCGUCCAUGGCCGAGAUGGGCCCUGCCAGCGGCCUCUACAGCAGCCUGGGGGAGCCCACCCCAGCCCUGGGCAGGCCCGCGGGAGCCCCGGGCAGCUUCCCGCUGGAGCACGGAGGCCUGGCCGGCCCGGAGCAGUACCGCGAGCUGCGGCCCGGCAGCCCUUACGGUGUCCCCCCGUCCCCAGCUGCCUUGCAGAGCCUCCCUGGCCCCCAACCCCUUCUCUCCAGCUUAGUAUACCCAGAUGCCGGCUUGGGCCUGGUGCCCGCAGGGGCCCCAGGUGGGCCCCCGCCCAUGAGGGUGCUGGCAGGAAACGGACCCAGCUCUGACCUGUCCACGGGGAGCAGCGGGGGCUACCCCGACUUCCCUGCCAGCCCUGCCUCCUGGCUGGACGAGGUGGACCACGCUCAGUUCUGACCGAGGCCCCCGGCUCCCCCGAGCGCCGGCCAUGAGGGGUGAGGGCUGCGGUGCCGCCCCACCCCCCACCCCCGGCUGGGUGGCCUGGAGCCGCACGGCCCUCCUUUCCCGAAGUCCUGGACCUCCGCGGGAUGCAGGUGCCACUGGCAGCAGUGGGGGACAGGAUGAGGGCCUCGAGAGAGGGCCACACCCCGCAGCCCCUCCCUCGGGCGCAGAGGGCGUCCCCCUCCCUGGACCCGGUGGCCGGCCCGCCCAGCGAGCCUCGUUUUGUAAGCAGAUUCCUCCCUUUAUGGACCAAUUAACUGGACGCUUGCUGUUUCUAGACCCGAACCAUCACCCGCCCAGGCUGGGCCUUCACUCCGGGCCUCGCUCCGCACCGUCCUCAGGCGGGAAGAUGCUUCUCUUUCUAAAAUCAAGAAAAUAGCACGAACCGUGCUUUUAUUUCCCAAGCUCCAGCUGUGUAGCCCCGCGUGAGGUCGGAGAUGGGUCGGUCUCCUCUCUCCAGGCAGGCGGUGGCCGAGGGGGGGACCACGCCUGUGUCCUUCCUGGUCCCUCCGGGAGCCUCCCUGACCCCAGCCCCCACCUUCCCCCGAGCCUCCUCUCCCCUCUUCCCUGGGGCUGCUGGCUCUGGAUGUUUCUGUUGACUCCACCGCCCCUCCGAAGAGAUGCCACUCCCGGGCGCCCUUCUUCUCCACGAACAACCUUUAAGGCCGUGGGGACCUCCCUCCCUGUCACAGCCGCCCCCAGGCCCUCAGCGUCCAGGCCACGCCCAGCCCACCGAUUUCCGUUGCCAAACAGCCUGCGGCUCUCCCUCUGGGAGCCGCUCUAACUGCCUGAGGAUCGGGCGCCUCCUCCUCCUCCGCCCCCGACAGCGUGUAGCCGCCCGCCCCAGACUCACAGGCCGGCCGCGGGUGAGGCCCAGCUAUCCCCACAAACGUGCAUCCCAAGCUACCUGUUGGUUCUGUGGACGUCCCGUGUUUUUAUGUACUCUUUGACCAUCAGCUCUUUCCAAGACUUCAAUAAAUUUGUCGGUUAUGGUCUA